AUGACUAAUGCAUGGUCGGAAGUGGUCUUGACAAUCAAGAAGUUGUAUUUCAACUCAGUCUAUUACGAAAACGGUGAAUCGGACGAUGACACAAAACUGGAAUAUCUGUUUCACGAGAUGAUUCAAAAAUCUGAUGACUUCCAGAAUACUGAGAAAGAUAUCGGAGAUCUUAUUGAAGCUUUCUCAACUAUUGUGAUUUCUCUGUUGGUUAGCUUCGCUAUAAGCUGGGAACUUUCCAUCGUUUUGGUUGUAAGCAUCCUAUUCUAUACUACAAGGUUUAUGAUGAAACUGCAAACGAGUCAGGUGCUACUACUAAACGAUCUCAAUGUAUCGUCAAUGAGCAUAGCGAGCCAUUGCAUGAGAAAUGUCCGAACUGUAGCUUCUCUCAAUUGCGAGGACCACAUGGUCGAGAAUUACAAGAAAUGGCUUGAACUUGGUUAUAAUGCUGCUAUGACAGGACACAAGUGUUAUGGAUACUUGGAAGGAGUACGACUGUUUCUUUUUCAUACGAUAUGUGCUAUUGCGUUGAUAUACAGCAAUUGGUUAUAUUCUGAAAAGUCUAUUGCUGAAAUUGGGGAUGUUUUCAUAGUUCUGAGUAUAUUAUUUCUGAACCGGUAUCACUACGGAAGGCUUUUGAUCAGUUGGAACAAGAUAGAGAAGGCUCGCAGAACUCUUUUCAGGUAUUAUAAUAAAAUUAAUCAAUUCGAUGAAGAAAAGGAGGUGAAAGGACUCCAAAUGGAAUUCACAAAAGGAAACAUCGUUUAUGACAACGUCUAUUCCAAUCAAGGAGGAGAAACUGUUUUGAAAGGUUUGAUGCUGGAGAUAAGACGAGGAGAAACCGUGGGAAUAGUUGGUGAUAGUGCAAGUGGCAAGAACGCUUUGUAUAAUUUAUUAACUAAUAAUUCUACAUAUACAAUGGGCAAAAUAAUAAUUGAUGGUAAUAGAAUAGAAAAGAUCAGCAGAAAUCAAAUCAGAGAUUCAAUUAAAAUUGUCCGUGGAAAUGAGUCAGUGUUUGAAGGAACAAUCAUGGAGAAUAUAAGAAUGUAUAGACCAGGAAUCACUGAGGAGAAUAUCAAGAAAUGUGCUGAAGUGGCUCAGCUUCAUGGAUUCAUUAGUAAAUUGGAACACGGCUAUUCAACUAAUUUGCUGAAAGACGGCAUAUACGUCACGAAAUAUCAUCAGCAGCUACUGGCGAUCGCCAGAUGUAUCGUAACGGAACCAAAAGUAUUAUUCUUGGAUGAUUCAACAUCCGCUCUAUCAGAGGAAACAGAACAAAAGCUUCUGACUUCCUUGAGAGAACAUCUGGCAAAUAGUAUUAUUAUUAUCAUGUCUGAUCGACCAUAUUGCUUGGAGAAGGUCGACAAGAUAUUUGUUCUUGAAGAUGGUGUUGUGAUAGAAAAGGGAAGUCAUCUACAACUCAUUUCCAAACAAGGAAAAUAUCUGGAGUUCAUUAAGCUCUGGGAAAAGAGAAGAGUAUUCUCUCCAUCAACUGGUAACACUAUAAGAAGAGAAUGUUCAAUAGAGAAUCGUUUCUUGCAAGGAAAUAGAAAUAGAUUCUCCUGCAACUAUAACGGGAUUGUGAAACUGUUGGUGGGAUCCAUAUUUGCUUGCUUCUUACGUAGCAUCGACAAACCGAUUUUUCUAAUCGUUUGUUAUAUUUUUCUCUUUGACAUUACUGCAACGUUCCAGGCGGAUUGGGUAUUCACCAUUAUACUAGGUGGGCUACUCGUUGUAUGGAUCUCUUUCGUGUUACGAAAUUAUAUUGGACACAUGUUUUUGGAGACAUUUCUAAUCAAUUUGAAAGUUUUAACAUUUCGAUCAUAUCUUCAUGCCGAUCGCAAUGAAAUGGAUAAGAUGAAAGCUAAGGAACGGUCACCAUUUGCAGUAAUCUUCAUGAUGCCGGAAGAGAUAACUGAAGUACUGUAUGGUGGGUUAAUGGAAAACGUUCAUUCAUGUUUUACUAUUCUUCUCAAUUCUCUCGUCACUUGGUAUCUUGUCUGGGAGCUUGGUGUUGUUUCAUCGAUUUUCAUUUUCAUUUACUUGUGUAUUCUGGUGUGUGGCUGCGUUUCUGACUACAGAAGAGAUUUCAAGAAAAGUGCUGGCAUAGACUUAGAGACGUUACGAGCUGUUCGUCAAUUAUCCGCCAAAUAUUAUUAUUUCAAGAGAAUCACAGAUGCAGCUCCAGAAGAGAACUUUUAUAUUAAAAUGUUCGGGGUGGAACUUGUGAUGGUGUACGAUCUCUUCUCUAUUGCUUUAUCGCUAAUAUUAUUAGGAAGGAACAUGUACAGCUUCAGCUCGAUAAUCAUAGCAUUCGUCUCGGGUCAUUUCUGUCAAUGGUCUCUUAUUACUUUGAAAAAUAAUUCCGCUUCUACUAUGAGAUCGUUAAGAACGUUCAUGAAUAUAUUCAAUACGAUUCGAUCUCCUCAAGAGAUUUUAACAAAACACAACAAGGGUAUAAAGCUGGAAAUUUCUGGGGAUAUUCAUCUGAAAAGGUUGAGCUUCUUCUACCCGUCUAAUCCGGGAAAACUAAUUCUGAAAAACAUCGACUUGACAAUAAAAUCCGGUGAGAAGGUUGCUAUUUAUGGAAAAAGUAAAAGUGGAAGAAGUACAAUAUUCCAAUUAUUGCAAAAGUUCUACUCCCCGUCCAAAGGAUGCAUUCUGUUCGAUAGCAACAAUAACAUUGAAGAACUCAACGCACAUUAUCUGAGGAAUCAAAUAUGUUCCGUCAAUGGAGAUCCCAUUAUCUUUCCCGGAACAAUUCUUGAAAAUAUCACCAUGGGAUUGACUGAUGUUCCUUUGAAGAAAGUUCGAGAAGCUUGUAAAAUGUCUAAUUCACAUCAUUUUAUUGAAUCGUUAGCUCAAGGUUAUGAUUCAAUUAUUGGAACAAAUGAGUUGAAUUUAUCUACCAGUCAAUGUUUACGGAUUUCUCUCACUAGAGCUUUAAUUCGAAAUCCUAAGAUACUGUUGAUAGAUCGAGCUUCAGCUCUCAUAGAUACACAGUCCAGAGAAGUAGUUGAGAAAGCAUUUUCCAAUGCUUCAAUUGGAAGAACGUACAUUGCUAUUGUGAACUCACUCGAAGACCUCGAAAACUACGAUAAAAUAUGCAUAAUGAAUGACGGAAGUAUUGUUGAGGCUGGCAGCCAUGAAGAACUCAUGCAAUUGAAUGGAUACUAUGCCAAAAUGGCAAGACAACUAUAA